AUGGAUAACAAGAGACACCAGACUAGCAUUGGCUCGGAGCUAAGCGAAGCCCAGAACAGAUUGAGCACUGUGGGUAUGCGUAUCAGACAGCGUAUCGACAGGGGCUACGCAUACAGCGGUAAGAACGUCAGCGGCAUGGACGACCAAGUGCCUAUCAGAGACGUUGCAUCCACAAUCGUCCCUCAGUUCAGAACGCAGGUACUAUACGAGCAACAGCAACAACCACAACAAAUGCACAGACCAGCCAUGAACGGGCCAGCUCCUAUGCUUGUGAACCAGAGAACAGAGUCCUCCAACCUCGACUGUAUGCAGGAAGAGAUGCUGUCCAAUGGUAAGAGGAGAGUUUUCUGA